CUCCUUUUUCUGUGCCCACCUGCUCCUCUGCGCCCUGGGCGCGCACACCCCGGGACCUGGCCGCCAUCCCGAGGCACCCCACGCGCGGCUCCAAAUCCUCCCGCAGACGCCCCGGAGAGGCUGUCGAAACCUUGGGGAGCACCUCCGAGGCUAUGAUGAGGGAGCUAGCCAAGCGCGGAGCCCGCUGAGACCAUGCCGCACGCAGGGCGCACCGUGGGCGCCCACCUCCUGCUGCUGCUGCUGCUGCUGCCGCUUCUACAGUGCGCUCUCGGGGCUCAGGCAAACGACCUGACGGUGGCCGUGGUGCUCCCGCUGACCAACACGUCGUACCCGUGGUCGUGGUCACGCGUGGGCCCGGCGGUGGAGCUGGCACUGGCGGCGGCACAAGCGCGCCCCGGGCCGCUGGCUAACUGGACGGUGCGCAUCGUGCUGGGCAGCAGCGAGGACUCGCGCGGAGUGUGUUCCGACACGGCCGCGCCGCUGGCCGCCGUGGAUCUCAAGUGGGAGCAUCGGCCCGCCGCCUUCCUGGGCCCCGGCUGCGUGUACGCCGCCGCGCCCGUGGGUCGCUUCACGGCCCACUGGCGGCUGCCGCUGCUCACGGCCGGGGCCCCCGCGGUGGGCUUCGGCGCCAAGGACGAGUACGCGCUCACCACGCGCACCGGGCCCAGCUACGUGAAGCUGGGGGACAUGGUGGUCGCGCUGCACCACUGGCUGGGCUGGAGGCGCCAGGCGCUCGUGCUCUACGCCUACCCGCCCACCGACGACCAGCCCUGCUUCUUUGUCGUCGAGGGCCUCUACCUGCGCCUCCGCCAGAGCCUCAACGUCACCGUGGACCACCUGGAGUUCGCCGAGGGGGACCGCGACCACUACAUCAAGCUGUUGCGCACGGUGCAGCGCAAGGGCAGGGUUAUCUACGUCUGCAGCCCCCCAGAUACCUUCCGGACUCUCAUACUCCUGGCGCAGGAACAGGGCAUGAGCGGCACUGACUACGUCUUUUUCCACUUGGACUUGUUUGGGCACAGUCUGCAAGGAGCGCAUGGACCAGCUCCCCGCAAGCCCUGGGUGCGAGGGGACAAGCUGGACCGCAGCGCCCACCAGGCCUUUCAAGCUGUCAAAAUCAUCACUUAUAAGGAGCCGGAGAACCCUGAAUACUACGAGUUCCUGACGCAGCUCAAACAAGUGGCCCUGGAGCAUUUCAACUUUACUGUGCAGGAUGGUCUGGUGAACACCAUCCCCGCGGCCUUCCAUGAUGGACUGCUACUCUACAUUCAGGCCGUGGAGGAGACUCUGAUCGAGGGUGGCACUGUCACUGAUGGAGAGAGCAUCACCCAGAGGAUGUGGAACCGCAGCUUCCAAGGUGUGACUGGGUACCUGAGUAUCGACAGCAAUGGCGAUCGGGAGACCGACUUCUCCUUGUGGGAUAUGGAACCUGCGAACGGGGAGUUCAGGGUGGUUCUGAACUACAAUGGGACUUCUCAAGAGCUGGUGGCAGAGUCAGGGCGCAAACUGAACUGGCCUCUGGGACACCCACCGCCUGAUAUCCCCAAGUGUGGCUUUGACUACGAGGACCCAGCCUGCAACCAAGACUACUUUUCCCCUCUGGAGGUGAUGGCUUUGGUGGGAAGCCUCUCCCUGUUCUGCAUCCUGAUCAUCUCCUUCUUCAUCUACAGGAAGAUGCAGCUAGAGAAGGAGCUGGCCUCGGAGCUGUGGCGGGUGCGGUGGGAAGACGUGGAACCCAGUAGCCUGGAGAGACACCUCCGGAGUACAGGCAGCCGGCUGACCCUGAGCGGGAGAGGCUCCAACUAUGGCUCCCUGCUCACUACGGAGGGUCAGUUCCAUGUGUUUGCCAAAACGGCUUAUUACAAGGGCAACCUUGUGGCUAUUAAGCUUGUGAACCGAAAGCGCAUCGAGCUGACACGAAAAGUUCUGUUUGAGCUGAAGCAUAUGCGGGACGUGCAGAACGAACACCUGACUAGGUUUGUAGGUGCCUGUACCGAUCCCCCGAACAUCUGCAUCCUCACAGAGUACUGUCCCCGUGGGAGCCUGCAGGACAUCCUAGAGAAUGAGAGCAUCACCCUGGACUGGAUGUUCCGUUACUCUCUCACCAAUGACAUCGUCAAGGGUAUGCUGUUUCUGCACAACGGGGCCAUCUGCUCCCACGGGAAUCUCAAGUCCUCCAACUGUGUGGUGGACGGACGCUUUGUGCUCAAGAUCACGGACUAUGGGCUGGAGAGCUUCAGGAACCCAGAGCCUGAGCAUGGACAUAUCCUCUAUGCCAAAAAGUUAUGGACAGCUCCUGAACUCUUACGAAUGGCCUCACCCCCUGCUCGGGGCUCCCAGGCCGGGGACAUCUACAGCUUCGGGAUCAUUCUCCAGGAGAUAGCUCUGAGGAGCGGAGUCUUCCAUGUGGAAGGUCUGGAUCUCAGUCCUAAAGAGAUCAUUGAGCGGGUGACUCGGGGUGAGCAGCCCCCCUUCCGGCCCUCCCUGACCCUGCAGAGUCACUUAGAAGAGCUGGGGCAGCUGAUGCAGCGCUGCUGGGCCGAGGACCCUCAGGAGCGGCCGCCCUUUCAGCAGAUCCGCCUGGCCCUGCGCAAGUUUAACAGGGAGCAGAGCAGCAACAUCCUGGACAAUCUGCUGUCACGCAUGGAGCAGUAUGCCAACAAUCUGGAAGAGCUGGUGGAGGAGCGCACGCAGGCCUACCUGGAGGAGAAGCGCAAGGCCGAGGCCCUGCUGUACCAGAUCCUCCCGCACUCUGUAGCGGAGCAACUGAAGCGUGGAGAGACUGUACAGGCAGAGGCCUUUGACAGUGUCACCAUCUACUUCAGUGACAUUGUGGGGUUCACAGCCCUGUCAGCAGAGAGCACACCCAUGCAGGUGGUAACUUUGCUCAAUGACUUGUACACCUGCUUCGAUGCCGUCAUAGACAACUUUGAUGUGUACAAGGUGGAGACCAUCGGCGACGCCUACAUGGUGGUGUCGGGCCUCCCCGUUCGGAACGGGCGGCUGCACGCCCGCGAGGUGGCCCGCAUGGCGCUGGCGCUGCUGGACGCGGUGCGCUCCUUCCGCAUCCGCCACCGGCCCGAGGAGCAGCUGCGCCUGCGCAUUGGCAUCCACACAGGCCCAGUGUGUGCCGGCGUGGUCGGGCUCAAGAUGCCCCGUUACUGCCUCUUUGGGGACACAGUCAACACGGCGUCCAGAAUGGAGUCUAACGGGGAAGCCCUGAGGAUCCACUUGUCUUCUGAGACCAAGGCCGUGCUGGAGGAAUUUGGUGGCUUUGACCUGGAACUCCGAGGGGAUGUGGAGAUGAAGGGCAAAGGCAGGGUUCGGACCUACUGGCUCCUAGGGGAGUGUGGAAGCGGAUGACUGACCAUCAGGCCUCCCCCAUACUGCCUUUCUUUGCAAGGCGAAGGCUGAA